AUGGUUGCACCCAAAGGCCUCCCGUUAGGCACCUACGGCCUAUUUGCAGCUCGCGAUGCAUUAACCGUAGCCGCAAGUUUUAACGCACCUGCUGGAGUGUCCGCUCGUCUUCGAGAUUCUCAGUUCCUAAAGAGUCACGGUAUCUCGUUAGGUUACGACACCUCGCUAAAUAUAGCACAAAUAUUAUGUCCUUCAACGAUGCAGGACAUACUUGAAGACGGUGGUAACACGGAUCGCGAGGAUUGGACCGGCGUUCGGGAUUGGAGGUGUUGGGAAUCGAAUGAUUAG